UUCGGUAAGACUAUUUAUUAUUAUUAUUAUUACUAUUGCAUAAUAUUCGAUAUUUGUUAUUAAUUAUUAUUCAAUAACACUGUUACGUGAGUUACGUCGUUUAUGGUCUCCCCAGUAGUCUCGUCUGCUGUAAUACUCCAGAGUCCAGACGCCGGCGCAACAUUUUGCUCCGCUCCGCUGUAAAAUCGCGUCGUGAUUUAUUCUCGUCACGUAACGUUGGCGGUGUACAUCUCUUCUAUUCUGGCGAUCCCGUCGAACGAUACAACACUAAUUACAGUAUAAUUUUCUACAACGUUAACGGCGUAUUGGCGAUCAGACUUGCGAAUAACCUCGAAUUUACUGGCGCGCCCGCCCGUUCUUAAUCUAAUCUUUCACCUCGUGCGAGUGUCUGGAAUACUCAUCCGCGCCACUCGACCAUCCAUCCCGAUUCUCGUUCGUCCCUCGUUCUCGGCGACUACCAUGGCCGCUUUCAGUACCGUGUUCGCGGUCGCCAUCUGCAGUUUCGCAUUGUUCGGUUCGACUUUCGUAUCGUCCGACAGCGGUAGCAGUUCGUCGAAGAAUGGACACAUUAGUAGUGGUAAAGGACCGAUCGAAGGUCAACAGACGCUCAAGUUCCUGUACUGUUAUUCGUGUGGAUAUCAAAAAGCAUUUGAUCAAUAUUCAAGUAUUCUUAGUGAAAAAUACCCUAAUCUUAACAUUGAAGGAGCAAAUUAUGACCCUUCUAUGGCACAUUUACUAGCAGCAAAAAUAUUGAGCUUAGCGAAAAUGGUGAUUAUAAUUGCCAUAGGAUCUGGAAUCAACUUAUUUGAAUAUAUUGGAAAACAGCAACCAAACUGGUGGAUCUGGUGUACAUCAAACAAAAUCUAUGCUUGUCUUGUGGUAUUUUUUGGUUCAAAUAUGUUUGAAGGAAUGCUUAUUUCAACUGGUGCAUUUGAGUUGUAUCUUAAUGAUAUUCCUGUUUGGUCAAAAUUAGAAACUGGAAGAAUUCCUCAGCCUGCUGAAUUAUUACAAAUUAUUGAUAACUAUUUAUUGUUUGAAAGCCCCUAUCCUGUAUAAGUAUUUGAAAACAUUUAUU